GAUUGCAGUAUAUAAGAAGCAUCACCCACCGUGUCUGUCUGAUGAAGUGUGGAGAUUGGAAAAAAUUGGCAAAGAUGGGGCUUUCCACAAGCGUCUUUGUCGGGAAAAUAUCUAUACUGUAAAAGAUUUCCUGACACUGCUCUUUGUAGACCCCUCAAGGCUCAGACAUAUCCUUGGCACAGGUAUGUCUGCUAAAAUGUGGGAAGUUACUGUUGAGCAUGCACGGACAUGUGUGCUUGACAGUGGGCUGUACUUGUACUGUCCUUCCGGUUCUCAACAGAAAUCUGGUGUGGUCUUCAAUGUUGUGGGACAAAUGCUGGGACUACUUUCAGAAUGCCAGUAUAUGCCUAUUGAUAAGCUGUCUGAAACAGAAAAGGCUGAAGCUCAAAGCUUGGUAAUUGCCGCAUCUGAGCACUGGGAGGAAGUUGUUUCUUAUGAAGAUGAAGCUGCUCUGGUUGGUGGCUCUUCAAACUUGACUAGUGCCGAUAUUUCUAAUGGGAACAAGCUUUUGGAUUCUCAAAAGAUUGUUGGAAUUGAUUAUGCACAACCGGAUGCUUCCUCUCCUGAUAUCAUUUCGUCCAUCUAUAAUGUUGGUGGUGUGAGUAGCUUGGAUGAUUUUACUUUGCAUGGUAUUGAAGAUAUGGGUCUUAGAUAUGACCAGCCUUUGAGUUAUCCUGGACAAGUAAUCUGUGACACAGAAUCCAUUUCUCAAGUUUUCUGCGAUGACGAACAUCUUGGAUUUUUUGAUAGUGAUCUGCAAUCCUCGAACCUUGCUCUGGAAUCACCAGUUGAUCUAGAAAGUGCUGUCAGCGGAUUCUUAUUGCAGCGAACAACAGCUGUUACAGCCGUUGAUAAAGCACAGAGGAGAUGGACCAAGCUGUUCAGUAUUUUGAAAUGGUUCUCCAUAAGGAAACUAGUGGAAAAAAGAACCCGUGUACGAGAAGUGACGAGAUACAGCAAUGUACUGUGAAUUAUUCAUGGUCACGGUUCCAUGUAUCAUGUUAAUUUCUGCCAAAGUAAAUUUUAUGUGCAGUUGUAGUUUCGAACAAAGCUGGAACGUAGACGUGGAUACAGUUAGUAGUUUAUGAAUCCUGUUCUGUUGGCAGGAGAUCAGACAUCCCUUUUCUUUUUGAUAUUAAACUGUAAAUAUGUAGGCGCUGUUUACAGGAGGAUUGUGCAGGUUUUUUGCUGUAAAAUAUUUAGUCGCUUCGUAUCAUAUGAAGUUUCGACUGCAAAUAGGAACAGCCUCUAUGAUGGUACCUGCAUUUCCUGUUCAAUUUUCCUCUUUAAUAAAGAAAUGCAUUUUUC